CUCCGACCGAAUAGAAGCGGUGAGGUCAGAGGACGCUACAGCCAGAGUUCGUCCUUUGAGGAUGAACCAUGAUUCUGCACUAUGCAAAACCGGUAGUUUCUCUCAUUCGGAGCAGGAGUGUUAAUGCUGCCGUCUCCAGAUUAUACCAUGCGGAUAAAGUGGCGACAGUGGGCUCGCAGCCUGACACACAGUCUCCGGUAUUUCAGGAAAAUUAUGAGCGAAUGCAAGCACUGGUGAAGGAGUUGAAGGACAGAGCAGAGAAGAUCAAACUAGGAGGUGGAGAAAAAGCAAGAAACCUACACACAUCCAGAGGAAAGCUCCUUCCCCGGGAACGUAUUGACAGGCUGUUGGAUCCUGGGUCUCCUUUUCUGGAGUUUUCUCAGUUUGCUGCCUAUCAGUUAUAUGGUAAGGAGGAGGUUCCUGCAGGAGGCAUAAUCACUGGUAUUGGUCGAGUAUCAGGGGUGGAAUGUUUAAUAGUUGCGAAUGACGCUACUGUGAAAGGUGGAACGUAUUAUCCAGUUACUGUAAAGAAACACCUCCGUGCACAAGAGAUCGCACAGCAAAACCAUCUGCCAUGCAUAUACCUGGUGGAUUCUGGAGGAGCCAAUUUACCCAGACAGGCAGAUGUGUUUCCAGACAGAGAUCACUUUGGACGGAUCUUCUUUAACCAGGCCCGCCUUUCCUCAGAGGGAAUUUCACAGAUUGCUGUUGUGAUGGGCUCCUGUACAGCAGGGGGCGCCUAUGUGCCUGCCAUGGCUGAUGAGAGCAUCAUAGUUCGCAAACAAGGGACCAUUUUUCUGGGUGGACCCCCAUUGGUAAAAGCUGCUACAGGUGAAGAGGUUUCUGCUGAAGACCUGGGAGGCGCAGAUCUUCACUGCAGAAAGUCAGGCGUAACUGAUCACUACGCCCUGGAUGAUAAUCAUGCCCUUCAUCUUGCACGGAAAGCCGUACGAAGCCUGAACUACAAGAAGAAUCUGGAUGUUACUGUUGAACCUCCUGAAGCUCCUCUGUUUCCUGCUGAUGAGCUGUAUGGAAUUGUGGGUGACAACCUCAAACGCAACUUCGACAUUCGUGAGGUCAUCGCUCGUAUUGUUGAUGGCAGUAAAUUUGAUGAAUUCAAGGCCUUCUAUGGAGAUACACUCAUCACAGGGUUUGCACGGAUAUUUGGCUACCCAGUGGGAAUUAUUGGCAAUAAUGGUGUACUGUUCUCAGAAUCUGCUAAGAAGGGAACUCAUUUCAUUGAGCUUUGCUGUCAGAGAAACAUUCCACUCCUCUUUCUUCAAAAUAUUACAGGCUUCAUGGUUGGCAGGGAGUAUGAGGCUGGCGGUAUUGCUAAAGAUGGGGCUAAAAUGGUGACUGCUGUGGCCUGUGCCAAUGUGCCUAAAAUUACCGUCAUCAUUGGAGGAUCGUAUGGCGCAGGGAACUAUGGAAUGUGCGGCAGAGCGUAUGGGCCCAGGUUCCUGUACAUGUGGCCUAAUUCACGCAUCUCAGUGAUGGGAGGAGAGCAGGCCGCAACUGUCCUGGCCACCAUCACCAAGGAUCAGAAGGCCAGAGAAGGAAAAGAGUUUACUGCAGAGCAGGAAGCUGCAAUGAAAGAACCAAUUAUCAAACGCUUUGAAGAGGAGGGAAACCCAUAUUAUUCCAGUGCCAGAUUGUGGGACGAUGGGAUCAUUGACCCUGCCGACACUCGUCUUGUCCUGGGUUUGAGUCUAAGUGCUGCUCUUAAUGCCCCGACACAGAAAACACGCUUUGGAGUCUUCAGAAUGUGAAUCUGGUUUUGUGAAAGAUUAGACACUUGAUUUUCUCUCCAUUUUAGGCUCUACACACUAACUUGUUUCAUCUUUGUAUAUUCGACGUCUACAGUAAAAUCCAUAAAACCAA